AUGUUGACACAUUCAUUUCCCAAACACUAAAAGGAGAAAAUCUAUCCAAGAAAGCAAAAGAAGAAAGGGAAGUUCUUCUUAAGAAGAUCAAAGAUGUUAAGGCAAGAUAUCCUCAAGAAUUCCAGGGUAAAGGUAAAUGUCAAUUGGAAGAUGAGGAACAGUCUGAGGUCUCUUUUUCUUUGCCUCCUGAUAGUGUCUCAGUAGUAUCUGAUCAAUAUGAUAAAGAGGAUGAAGCACCUUCUGAUGGGCAUCAGUUUCCUCUUAUUGCAGCUCAGGAUCUUCAGUUUGUUCUGAAGGCUGGAUACCUGGAAAAACGCAGAAAAGACCACAGUUUUCUUGGCUUUGAAUGGCAGAAGCGUUGGUGUGCUAUCAGUAAGACAGUCUUCUAUUACUAUGGAAGCGACAAAGACAAACAACAGAAAGGUGAAUUUGCCUUAGAGGGCUACACCAUCAGAAUGAAUAAUAGCCUUCGGAAGGAUGCAAAGAAAGAUUGCUGUUUCGAAAUCUCUGCUCCUGAUAAGCGCAUUUAUCAGUUUACAGCUGCCACUCCCAAAGAAGCAGAGGAAUGGGUACAGCAAGUCAAAUUUGUCAUUCAAGAUACAGAAUCUAAUACUAUUCCUGAGGAGGAGGAAGAGGAUUAUGACGAUGUUUGCCAUGUGAGCAGUGAAUCAAUAGAUGAUAGCAUUUACGAAGAAGUUAAAGAAGAACAUAUUCCUUCGAAGGCUGAAGUGCCAAGAAAACUGAGCCAGGAGAAAGUUACCACUGUUUCAGAUAACAAAAAUACCAAUUAUGCCAAUUUCUAUCAAGGUUUGUGGGACUGCACAGGAGAUGUACCUGAUGAGUUGACAUUUAAACGUGGUGACAUUAUCUACAUUCUCAGCAAGCUCUACUCAAAAAAUCAGUCUCCAGAAACAAACACAACUGAGUACAAUAGAUUUGGCUGGUGGGUAGGAGAAAUGAAGGGAACCAUUGGCUUGGUGCCUAAAGCCUACAUAAUGGAGAUGUAUGAUAUUUGA